AUGGGUUUCGUUUUUGGGUUCACCAAUCGUCGUUCCUCUCUGGCAUGUUAUUUGCUUUAUCUCGAUAUUUUGUCUUCAUUUUCGUAUUGUUAUAGGGCUCAAAUGAAUAAGCUGAUCGGUUUUGUUAUCGUAGCAUGGAUUAUAGUACCUAUUGCAUAUUAUACCAAUCUGUGGAAUUCAAAAUCAAUGCCAAUUGUUAGUAAUCGAGUUUUUACUGUAGAUGGCUAUUAUUAUAAUGUAUCGAGCGUACUCGAUUCAAGAUUGCAUUUAAACGAAACUGCUUAUGAAAGAUAUGGUAUAUUAUCUAGUGAAAAUAUUCUUCGCGAUCUUCGAUUGCCCGUUAUGUUUGCCUUUUCAUAUGCUACAUCAUUUGCUUCUAUUACUGCUGUUAUUGUUCAUACUGUUUUAUAUUAUGGUAAAACAAUCCUAAAGCAAUUUCGAUCAUCUUUAAACGAUAAUUCGGAUGAUAUUCAUGCUAAAUUGAUGUCUCGUUAUGACGAGGCACCAUGUUGGUGGUAUAUGACUUUAUUUGUUGUUGCGUUUACUCUAGCUACUCUUGUUUGUCAUUUCGGAGACUUGAUGCCUUGGUAUCAUAUGUUUACUGCUGUUACAAUUGCAUUUGUUUUUGUAUUACCAACUGGAAUCGUUCAAGCACUUACUAAUCAAUCAAUCGAACUCAGUCCGAUUACUGAACUUAUUGCUGGUUUUCUUAUGCCCGGUAAACCGAUAGCUAAUGUUACAUUUAAAACUUACGGAUCUAUAACACACCAUCAAGCUUUAUCACUCAUUUCGGAUCUAAAAUUUGGACAUUAUAUGAAGAUUCCACCACGUGCAAUAUUUGUUACUCAAUUAACGAGUACAGUUGUAGCUGGUGUUGUCAACUAUGUAUCAGCUAUCUAUAUCAUGGAUACUGUUCCACAUAUUUGUACUUUAGAAAAUCCUAAUUGGAAAUGUCCCAAAGCUAAUGUAUUCUACAGUGCAUCAAUUAUAUGGGGUGCAAUUGGACCUGCAAAAAUAUUUGGCACAAAAUCUCUUUAUUCACCAUUAUUGUUGGGUUUUCUUGCUGGCGCACUACUUCCAAUUCCAACUUGGCUUCUCACGAAAAAAUAUCCUAAAACUAAGUGGCUUAAAUACAUACAUUUUCCUAUCAUGUUAUCUGCUACGGCUAUUAUACCCCCAGCUUCACCUGGUAACUAUCCAUCAUGGCUUAUGGUUGGCUUUCUUUUUAAUUGA